UGUCAGGAGGGGAUGCUCGUGCUCUCAGAGCCCCCUCAGGAAGCGAAGGUCUCAGCCAGCCUCGCUCAUCAUCAUGUCGUGCUCUGGCAGGUUCCUGCAGAUAUUUGUCCUGUGGGUGACCCUGAUCCUGUUCGUGGACUCCCGGAGGCCCAGAGGCAGAAGCAAGCGCUGGUCUGCAGGACUGCUUCUAUCAAAGAAGAUUAUGGAUGGCACCAAAGCCCAAAAACUGAAAACCAGCCACCUCCUACGUAUUGAUGAACAUGACUUCACCAUGAGGCCAGCAUUUGCAGGUCCUGCAGUUCCUGUAGGAGUAGAUGUUCAGGUGGAAAGCUUGGACAGUAUAUCGGAGGUCGACAUGGACUUCACUAUGACUUUGUAUCUGAGGCAUUACUGGAAGGACGAGAGGUUAGCCUUUCCAAGUGCCACCAACAAGAGCAUGACGUUUGACGGGCGCCUGGUGAAAAAAAUUUGGGUGCCUGAUGUGUUUUUUGUCCAUUCCAAGAGGUCCUUUAUCCACGACACCACCACUGAGAACAUAAUGCUGAGGGUCUUCCCAGAUGGACAUGUCUUGUACAGUCUAAGGGUAACUGUUACUGCUGCCUGCAACAUGGACUUCAGUCGUUUCCCCCUGGACUCACAGACGUGUACACUAGAGCUGGAGAGUUAUGCUUACACAGAUGAGGACCUGAUGCUGUACUGGAAAAGUGGUGAUGAGUCCCUGAGCACAGACGACAGGAUCUCUUUGUCUCAGUUCCUCAUUCAGAAGUUUCACACUACCUCCAGACUGGCUUUCUACAGCAGUACAGGCUGGUACAACCGUCUGUACAUCAACUUCACUCUGAGGCGCCACAUCUUCUUCUUCCUGCUGCAGACGUACUUCCCUGCCACGCUCAUGGUCAUGCUGUCGUGGGUGUCCUUCUGGAUCGACCGCAGGGCUGUCCCUGCCAGAGUCUCGUUAGGUAUAACCACGGUGCUCACCAUGUCUACCAUUAUUACUGGAGUCAAUGCCUCCAUGCCGAGGGUCUCCUACAUCAAAGCCGUGGACAUUUACCUUUGGGUCAGUUUUGUUUUUGUCUUCCUUUCUGUGCUCGAGUAUGCUGCAGUCAACUAUCUAACAACAGUGAGGGAUGGAGAAGACCGGAGACUACGAGAAAAAGUGAGGGAACAGUCCCAAAAUCUGCCUUGUGCAUGUGACAUGCCUCAGAGCAAGACCAUGAUGCUGGACGAGACAUACGAGGCAGACGCCAACAGUCUGGCGGGGUACAUCCGAACCUCCAAAGUGUCUGAGGAUGGAUCAGACAACCAGGAGCAAAUGGUGGUGCAUUUAGCUUUGGACGAUGAGUUCACAGGGACGAAGAAGAAUUGUAUUCACAGAUUUUGCGUCAUCCAGAACACCCACACCAUUGACACUUUCUCUCGUGUAAUCUUCCCCGGUGCCUAUACUCUGUUCAACUUGAUCUACUGGUGCGUGUACUGCUGA